AUGAAUCGUUUCUCAACAUUAUACGGAUCAAAUAAUUGUACUCUGACAAUUUACAAAGCUAAAUAUAAAGAUACUGAUACUUAUUUUCAAUGCAUUCAUUCGUUCAAUGAUGCCCGUAUACCAGAAACAAUAAAAUUCUACGACGAGUAUAAAAUUCGGUGUAGAUGUUAUCGAUCAAAUGGCCAGAAAAUACAGCGUAAAAUCAAAAACACAGAGGUGGCCUUUGCAGAGCUUGCCACCGAAUGUCAAGAAAAGCAACAGCUAGGAAAAGAAGAACCAGCAAAAACAAUCACAAAUAUAACUGCAAAUUCAUGUGACCGGAGAAAUUGUCACAUACGAUUUUGCAAAAGCAAUAAGCCUAACAAAAUCUGUCUGAAAUGUGAAAAAUACAUAAAUGGGAAAUGUAUACUCAAGAAUCCUAUGGUUUGUAAAAAAUGUGGUGAAUAAAAUAAACAUUAUUUAUUUUUAAAUAUAAGAAAAUAUUUCACUAUCUAAUUAUUUAUAGUCUUCAUUUUGUAUUAAGAAAUAUUUUUUUUUAAACGGCAUGAGACCGCUCACGGUAGAAAGUAUACUUGAAGUCUCGGUAGGUUUAGGUUAG